CUUCCCCGGCGCAAGCGCGGCGAUUUGUUUACCUCCUUUGCUGAAGAAGUUGAAGUACAGCCGCAGAAGAUAAGAAUUUUGUCAGCUCUUUUAACAAGCUGAACAAUUGUUUGUUGCUGACAUGGAUUUAAAGAUCCCACCACUCACGACUGAGGAUACAAAUGAUCAGGAUGUUGCUGCUGCCAAGACCAAGAAGCCAAGGAAAAGGAUGAAAGAGAUGAGGAAGAAAAUCCAGUCUCAGAUGGAGUUCUACUUCAGUGACUCCAAUCUACAGAAGGACAGAUUCUUGAAGAAAGAGAUUGGCAAGACUGACGAUGGAUACAUAGAUAUUUCUAUAUUUCUCAAGUUCAACAAGAUUCGCCAGCUGACAGACGAAGUCAAGACAAUAGCUAGGUCUUUAAAGAAAUCAAAAUUGUUGGAGGUGAACAGCGAGGAGACAAAGAUCAAGAGAACUGAACCAUUUCAGAGUGUUCCUGAUGUUGACGACCGAACCGUCUAUGUUGAGAACCUGCCACGUACCACUGACCACGAGUGGGUAAGAAGUCUGUUCGCACAGUGUGGCAAUGUACAGUAUGUCAGUCUGCCGAGAUUCAAGAGUACGGGAGAUCUCAAGGGAUUCGGCUUUGUUGAGUUUGCCUCCAAAGAAGAGGCUGCCAAAGCCUGUGAGAUGUUGCACAACCCACCGCCGAUGUCAGGCAAGGCCGGGAGAUUCCCCAAGUGGAACAAGGUGCUGUACCAGCUCAAGAAGAAGUCCGGACAAGACUCCCAUGAAGAUAUGGAGGCCACUGAGAAGUCAAAGGAGAAUGAUGAACCUGCACAGAAACAAUGCAAGAAGCACAAGAAACGUCGGCGUCAUACUAGUGAGAGCAGCGUCGAUUGCUCCUCUGAUUCUAUCCCAGCCAAGAAGAGGAAGACGGAGUCAAGUGAUGGCAGAGAAGAGCCUGAGAGGAAGAAAGAGGUCUGUAAGGACUCGGGUAAAGCUUCGUGCAGUAAGGAACAAGGUAAACUGGAUGAGUCUGUGUCAGAUGGGCUUAAAUCAGAGGAAGAUGAUAGGAAGGAAGGGAAGAAGAAGAAAAAGAGGAGGAAGCAGAGACUUUCAGAUUCUAAUAAAUCUCUUGAGGAAGAUUCUGAGCACACAGACUCCUCUUUUGUGGAGAAGGAAAAGUCUGAAAGAGGGAAACGUAAACGAACAUCAGACAGUCGUGAGAGUGGUGAGUUUUCAGCCCCGCAAGCAAAAGUGUCGAAACCAGACGAUUCUGGUGUUGAUGUGGAGACAGCUGAUGUCAAUACGAAUAAGAAGAGAACUAGAAGGAAGACGAAGAAGAAGAAGAACAAGGAGAAAGAUGUCCCACCACCACAACUCAAAGUCAUCACAAAGCAGGAGUGGCUGAAACUGAGAGAGGAAUAUCUGAGUCAACAGAAGGCCAACAUGGCCGCCCUCAAACAGUCACUACGGAAACAGCGUCUGGAGAAAGAAGCACAACAGAACAAGAUGGAGGAACAAUAUGUCACUAAGGGUGGCGUGCGACCAGCUAUAGAGUAUGUACCUGGGGUCAUAGUGCAGGUCACCUGUAACGACCCCAUGAACAGGAGGACACUGAAGGAAAAGUUGCCUGGUGAAGUCAGUGUGGCCUACUUCGACAUAAAGGACAAUGCUUUGUCUGGCAGCAUCCGCUGUAAUGAUGAGGAGAGUGCAAGGAAGAUCUCCGAGCUGCUUCUAGAAAACCUUACUUUCAACCUGCUUGCUGGGGACAGUGAGAAACAAUACUGGGAGAAGCUAAAGGCAGACAGGGACGAAAAAUUCAAUAAUAAGACAAGGACAAAGAAAAGAGGAACACAGAAGCUUAUAGAGAAGGCUCACAAGCACAAUGCUGAGGUGAUUGCGAAUAAGAAGCACAUUGUGUUUGAAGACUGAUACGGAACUGUGUGACGGAGUGUGACAGGAGAGUGAAUGAGUGACUGAACCCAAGCCUAAAGAAAUAAAUAUUGUCCUAUUCUUA